AUGGUUUGGCCUGAAGUUGAUCAAGUUGCAUCAAAUCAUCGAUACGAAUUGGUUUUAUCAGGUGAUAAAUUACGAAAAUAUUAUGAAGAAAAACAAGCGUUAGAUGAGACGAUUUGGACAUUAAAACAAUUGAAUUUUCUUGAGAUCAGUCAAUGUCCAUCAAUCGAAUAUCUCUCUGGAGAUAUCGGAAAGUUAACUCAUCUAUCAACACUAACGUUAACCUCGAAUAAAUUGAAAGAAAUUCCCAUCGAAGUUAAAUUCCUAACCGAUCUUCGGCAUUUGAAUCUAUCGAAUAAUCAAAUUCAACGGUUAAAUGAUGAUUUAUUCGAAAAGCUCGAUCAUUUAGAAACAUUGAAUUUAAGUCAAAAUCUUCUGGAACAACUUCCACAAUUUUCUCCUCAAAAUCAAAAAUUAGCCGUCGUCAACUUAUCUCAUAAUCAACUCGAAAGUCUUCCUGACGUUCCCGUUGAAUUAGAAAACCUUUCAUCGAUGGAUUUAUCUGGUAAUCGAUUCAAAGAUUUCCCUGAGACACUCUGUCAAAUUCAUUCAUUAAAAAUUCUUCUUAUCGAAUCGAAUCAAUUGACAGAAAUUCCAUGUCAACUUAGUCAAUUACACAAACUGAAAGAGCUUCGAUUUAAAUCCAAUCCUUUGAAAGACAAUCGAUUGAAGAAACUCAUGGAACAAGAUAAAAUCAAACCGGUUUUGGAAUAUUUAGCAAAGCAAUGGACCGAACAACAUAAAUCAUCAGCAUCGACAACCGCAAAACCAGCACAAUCAAAACAACAACAACAAAAAGCAAAGCAAAAUGUUGAAAUUCAAGAUAAAAUCGAAAUUUUGCAUUUUGAUCAAGUUGGAGAUCUGAAAGGAAGACAAAUUACAUUACUGCCAAGAGUAAUCAGUGUUCGACCGCAUAUAUUGUGUUGCAUUUUGAGAAACGUUGACUUAGCAACACCAGGAAAUUUGAAGAAGUUUCUCAAUUUACAAAAUGAACUUCAUGAUGAUAUUUGCCAAAAACGUACCUUGGCAACAAUAGGUACACAUGAUUUAUCAUUAAUCUCUGGAGAUUUGGUUUAUGAUGCUCGCAAUCCGGAUGAUAUUGGUCUGGUACCACUUGGUAAAGGCCCGAAACUGGUCUCUGCACGUGAUUUUUACGAUCAAUUGUGUCGCGAUGCAGAACACGAAAGAAAACUCAAGAAGCGAAAUCAAUUAUCAGGUCUUCACAAAUAUUUGACAUUAUUGGAAGAUCAAAAUGAAUUUCCGUGUUUGUCCGAUCAAGAUCGUUACGUGAUUUCGCUUCCACCAUUAACAAAUGCUGAACGAAGUAAAUUAAGUCCAACAAGUGAUUCGAUCUUCGUUGAAAUUACAUCUGGUCAUUCAAUGGAUAUCUGCCGUCGUGUCAUGGAUGCAUUUCUUCGACAGGUGCUCGAAAAUCAAUUAGGAAAAAAAGCGAAUGAAGAAGAGAAAACAUUUCGACAAGUUUUGACUUUACAACAAACACGUGUUGUUGAUGACAAAGGACAACUAAAGACCACUUUUCCUUCUCGUACCGAUCUUGAUUGGAACGAAGUAUCUCAAGGAAAAAUUUUUAUUGAAAGAUUAACAAAUGAAAAAUAA